AAAAAAAACUGCACACAUCAAGUAUAAACAUUUCAUCUUAGGUUAUGAUAAGUAUAUAUUGUUAAAUUACGCUCUAUCGAAGCUUGUAAGUAGUCCUCGCGGCUAAUAUUCGCUCAGCUGUCAUUUAGACAAAGGAGACGGCGGGGGAGUGACCGACGUUCAAGCUAAAUUUAGUGCGCGACAUUUUGGAAAGUAUUGAACUGUGUUUAUUUCCGUUGUAAAUUUUAAAUAUGAAAACGAAUGUGCAAGCUCAACGUAACCGCGACAAGUCCCGAUAAAAUAAAAACAUUACGUGCCUGGUUGUGUUUUUUGCCGUUUCAGUAAAUCACCUCGCGCUUCGCAUACGCAGAUUCGCCGCAUUCGGGAUCCCGACUGCCCAUAUUAAAUAAAAGUUAGGUAAAUCAUUGCCAGCUUCACACCCGCAGAUUCGUCGCCAGCCGGAUCGUGAUUGUGUUCAACUUAAUUUCAAAACGACGAUUAAUUCAAUGACAUCGCAGGAAUGGAAUGUUUUCAAGAUAUAUUUGUGGCAUGCGUAUUGGGCUUCCCCGACUUGAGCCACUGCUAGGUGGAUCUUGCCGAGGUUGGCUUCUGACGCUCCUGCUGAGUGCGUUUAUGUUCCAGCUGCUGAGGAGCGUGGGACCCAGGGUGUUCUCCAUGGCUUCCGAGACGUACACGUCGGGCGCACACUCGGCCGCCUUUGUCACCUGCCCCAACGACACGGUGGCCAAAGACUUGGCCAGAGGCAUUGUGCAGCGGAAGCUGGCUGCCUGUGUCAACAUUGUACCCUCCAUCACAUCGGUGUACGAAUGGCAGGGGGCCAUCCAGGAGGACAACGAGGUUCUGCUGAUGAUCAAGACCAGAAGCUCGAAGGUCUCCGCCCUCACCGAUUACGUGCGUACGAACCACCCCUACGAAGUGGCUGAAGUCAUCAGCCUGCCCAUCCACCAAGGCAACCCGCCCUACCUCAAGUGGAUCGCCGACGUCGUGCCGGAAUGAGGAUGCUUUCAUCACGGACGGGAUGGUGAAACAUGCAGCGGAGUCCUGUGGACUUGGGAGCAUUUCGCAAAGAAUCAACAGGAGGAGUCAAGACAAAAUAUCGAAAUAGGACACUAAAAUCACAGCACGGCACAGCAAUGUAGCGACGGACAAACCCGAUUGAAUGCUUGGCGCGGUUCUGGAAAUGACAUCACUGCCAUAAAAACACCGAAACGAGCAAAAUACACUUUUUAUCAUCUUCAAA